AUAAACGUGGUCGGAAUGUGCUGUCGGUGCUGUGGUGUGACCCAACAAAAGGUCUGGGUUUUUGGCCUUGGAUCACUAUUCACAGUGUUGGGACUCCUAGCUGUAAUAUGGUGGCCCACUCUCAUAGAUAGUAUCAUAAUGAAGGCUUUGCCGCUGACGCCCACAUCGAGAACCUAUGAGAAAUGGCUGGAUUUGCCCAUACCCGUUUAUAUGAAUAUGUAUCUGUGGAAUUGGACUAACGCGGAGGAGGUGAAGCUGCAUGGCGUUAAGCCAAAUUUUCAGCAAUUGGGGCCCUAUGUCUAUAGAGAGGAACGCCUAAAAAUGGAUGUGGAAUGGCAUGAGAAUAAUACGGUGACCUUCAAGCCUAAUCGCACCUGGUUCUGGGAGGAGGAACUCUCCGGUGGCAAGCAAACGGACUUGGUGACGGUGCCACAUCUACCAUCGAUUGCCGCAGCGGCUAUGAUGCGUGACAGUCCCUCACUGAUUAAGCUUUUUUUCAACAAAGCGCUCAAUGAUAAUGGUGGUUUACUCUAUGCCACCCACACGGCCAGCGAGUGGCUGUUCGAAGGUUUCUAUGAUGAGUUUCUGCAUUAUGCAAUGACUUUGAACAAUCCUCUGGCGCCGCCAAUUGAAACGGAUCAGUUUGCCUGGUUUCUAAACCGAAACGGUUCCAAAGAGUUUGAGGGCGCCUUCACGGUGCAUACGGGCGUAGGUGAUAUCAAGGAAAUGGGCGAAAUUAAAUUCUGGAAUGGUGAAAAUCAUACUGGCUGGUAUGAGGGCGAAUGCGGUCGUCUCAAUGGCAGCACCACAGAUCUCUUUGUCCCCGACGAGCCAAAGGAGAAGGCACUCACCAUAUUCAUAGCUGAUACCUGCCGCAUUAUCAAUUUGGAGUUCACGGGCCAAAGCUAUGAGAUUGAGGGCAUUCAGGGCUGGAAAUACGAGGUGACGCCGAACACCUUCGACAAUGGACAACGGCAAGCGGAUAUGAAAUGCUAUUGUCCGGUUGACAAACAGCCCGAUAACUGUCCAGCGUCGGGCGCCACAAGCUUGGGUCCCUGUUCCGAUGGCGCUCCCAUGUAUCUAUCAGCCUCUCAUUUCAUGUAUGCCGAUGAGAGUUAUGCCAACACAAUAACUGGCUUUGACCCAAACUAUGAACGCGACAAUUUCUUCAUCAUAAUGGAACGCAAACUUGGUGUACCGCUUCAAGUGAAUGCAGCCAUCAUGGUCUCAUUGUAUAUGGAAGCAGACGCGGACAUCGACAUUAUAAAAGACAUACCGACCUUCUAUGCGCCACUCUUCACAACCGGCAGCUCAGCAGUUAUUAACAAGGAGCUCGCUUCCGAGUUGAAGCUGGUAUUAAGUCUACCCGCAAUUGGACGCUAUACUGGCAUUGGCUUUCUCUGCUUGGGCUGCAUCCUUUUGGCUGUCGGAAUUUUCCUCACUCUCAAACGCAAGUGGUAUGGACAGGCGGCAGCUGAUAGGGCGGCACUUAUCAAUGCAGACACAGAAAACUCAACUGACCCAGAAACAGUUCCAAAAUAAUGCUUAGAGCUUAACAAAGCUGAUGCAUUUUAAUUUUUCUUCAUCACAAACAUUUAAAAAUAUAACAAAAAGUGAUUUUUGGAUUGUGAUUCAUAUUAUUAAUUUUCCAAAU